AUGACAAGCACCAUUACUGAGGCUCGAUCCCCGCCGAACAGUGAGUCGACACCCCUCCUCGGGAAUGGGAACGACCCCAAUCUCGAGUCGCAGCCCCACCAAGAGAAUGGACACACCAAUACCCCCCCGCCUACCCACGAUCGGAAUGCGGCUAACGACUUCCCACAAGAACUCCCUUCUGCAAAACUUUUGCAUUUUCUUGCUAGCAGUUUGCGUUGGCGUCUUCCUAGGUGCUGUCGACACUACCGUGAUAACUACUCCCCUAGCACUAAUUUCAACUUCAUUCUCUUCAUUCAAUUCUAUCUCCUGGAUAGCAACCGGGCACUUUAUCGCCGAUGCCGCUUUACAACCGUUCUUUGGAAAAUUAACCGAUAUCUACUGA